UGAUUGGGAGGAAAGGGGGCAGCGAGCGGCUUGUCAUGGGGAUCCGAGCUACGAGACGGCGGCGGUAGCAUCUGGGGACUCUGAGGGCGACAGGAAGUGUCAGCGCCUGGGACCCCGGCGGCGGCUCCGCCUGGGGGAUCCCCGCCGCUCCCGGACUGGGGAGGGAGGGGCAAGGAGGGAGCACCGGUCUCGCCCCGCCCCUGGGCUUGUUACCGCGGGGGCGGGGAGUGAGGCUUCUGCGGGGAGUGGAGAUCGGGGGACUCGGCUGUGCCCUCCGGAGCGGCUGCCGGUGUUCCCGCGGGCCGGGCUGCGGAGCAGGAGCCGCGGCCGCCGCGGCGGCUGUUGCAUGUGUGGCUGCUGGAUGCGGAGGCGGCGGCGGCGGCGGCGGCGAGGAGCAGCAGCGGCGGCAGGAUGUUAGGGCAGCAGCAACUAUACUCGUCGGCCGCGCUCCUGACGGGGGAACGGAGCCGGCUGCUCACCUGCUACGUGCAGGACUACCUCGAGUGUGUGGAGUCGCUGCCCCACGACAUGCAGAGGAACGUGUCUGUGCUGCGAGAGCUGGACAACAAAUAUCAAGAAACAUUAAAGGAAAUUGAUGAUGUCUAUGAAAAAUAUAAGAAGGAAGAUGAUUCAAAUCAGAAAAAACGUCUACAGCAGCAUCUCCAGAGAGCAUUAAUCAAUAGUCAAGAAUUGGGAGAUGAAAAAAUUCAGAUUGUGACACAGAUGCUUGAAUUGGUGGAAAAUCGGGCAAGGCAAAUGGAGUUACAUUCGCAGUGUUUUCAAGAUCCUGCCGAGAGUGAGCGAGCCUCAGAUAAAGCAAAGAUGGAUUCCAGCCAGCCAGAAAGAUCUUCAAGAAGACCCCGCAGACAGCGAACCAGUGAGAGCCGUGAUUUGUGUCACAUGACGAAUGGGAUUGAAGACUGUGAUGAUCAGCCACCCAAAGAAAAGAAAUCCAAGUCAGCCAAGAAAAAGAAACGCUCCAAGGCCAAGCAGGAAAGGGAAGCUUCACCUGUUGAGUUUGCAAUAGAUCCCAAUGAACCUACAUACUGUUUAUGUAACCAAGUGUCUUAUGGAGAAAUGAUCGGAUGUGACAAUGAACAAUGUCCAAUUGAAUGGUUUCACUUUUCAUGUGUUUCACUUACGUACAAACCAAAGGGGAAAUGGUAUUGCCCAAAGUGCAGGGGAGAUAAUGAGAAAACAAUGGACAAAAAUACUGAAAAGACAAAAAAAGAUAGAAGAUCGAGGUAGUAAACACCACCCACAUUUUAAAGGGUUAUUUGUCUUUUAUAUUAUUCUUUCAGAAUUUGCUUUCAGAAAAUGUUUUAGGGUAAAUGCAUAAGACUAUGCAAUAAUUUUUAAUCAUUAGUAUUAUGGUGUAUUAAAAGUUGUUGUACUUUG